UAGGCCAGAGCAGAGCCGCGAGUGUCCGCGCGGCGGGGUCCGGUUUGGCUGAGCCCUGGGCCGUGCUUUUCCGGGGCAUCAGCCUGGCUGGCAGCCAAAGGAGCGUGCCCGCGGCCGGCAACGGUCUUUUCCCAGUGCUCGGGCCGAAGCGGGUGGGCCUGGGGUCGGGGAGCCGCUCCCCUACUUUUGCCCAGCGAAGCGGGGAGGUUGGCUGCUGCCUCCCCGCGCGCCUUGGCGGCCUCAUCAUUCUGGUUCUGCCACUAGUCGGCCGUGGGGAGGGAGCCCAUUGCUGCACCUGUUCCCUUUAGCCUCAGUUUCCCCCCUAACAGUUCACAGGGUUCUUCUGGGGCGGGGUGGGGGGCGGUGGGCAGACGCCCAAGACCUGCUUGCUCUUUCCUUCCCUGGGCCUCUUGGGGAUUCAGUUUCCCCUUCUGUAAAGUGGAAUUAAACUUGCCCAACUCGGAUUAACACCCUUGGGAUCAGACAUGGAUUGUUGAAAGCCCAAGGUGGAGAAACUGAGUCUGGAGGUGGAAGUUCACCCAGGACAACCCGGCUGGCUGCACCUCAAGGGGCCUCAGGCCCCUUCCUGCUCUGACUCUGUUGGGCCUCUGACUCAAACCAGACCCCACUGGACCACCAAAGAGUUAAGCAAAGGAAAUCCCCAGCUCCCUUGGCUCCCUUCAUCUCCCGCAGAUCCCAGAGGCUAGAGGGGAGGGAGCAGGGAGGAGGGGAAGUGGGAAGCCAGCUCAGCCCGCUCCCUCCGCCCUCCCUCCGCCUCUCUCUCCCUCCCUUUCUCCCUCCCUCUUCUGCUCAGCCUGGGGGUCUGGGCCAGCAACAAGCAGACAUGGGCCAAGGAGCCAGAGACUGCCCAGAGGCCGGGGGUCCGUGAGCCACGGUGGAGGCCGCUGGACACAGGGUCACCAUGGGGAUAGCUGCCCUGGGCCUCCUCUGUGCAACACUCCUGCUCCCUGUCUUGGUGUUCGGGGUCCCCACCGAGGAGCCCUCCUCUGGGGAAGCUGUGGCCUCGGGUUCCCCCGGAUACUGUCAACGGUGCUGUGACUCUGAGGACCCCCUGGCCCCUGCCGAUGAAGCAGUGUCCUUGGCCUCUCCAUCCGCCCUCCCAUACCUGCUGCCUGAGGUCAGACCCUACAUUAACAUCACCAUCCUGAAGGGUGACAAAGGGGACCGAGGCCUGCUGGGCGCACCCGGGAAGCUGGGCCGGGAGGGUCCCCGGGGGGAGCGCGGCCCGCAGGGCACCAAGGGCGCCAAGGGGCAGGCAGGCAGCCCCGGCGGCCCGUGCCAGACGCGCUUCUCCGCCUUCUCGGUGGGCCGCAAGACGGCCCUCCACAGCAGCGAGGGCUUCCAGCCGCUGCUAUUCGACACCGUCUUCGUCAACCCCGACGGGCACUUCGACCUGGCUUCUGGCUGUUUCGUCGCCCCGCUGCGCGGCCUCUACUUCUUCAGCCUCAACGUACACAGCUGGAACUUCAAGGAGACGUACGUGCACGUGGUGCACAACGAGGAGGCGGCCGUCAUCCUGUACGCACAGCCGAGCGACCGCAGCAUCAUGCAGAGCCAGAGCGUGAUGCUGGCCCUGGUGCCUGGGGACCGCGUCUGGGUGCGCCUCUUCAAGCGCGAGCGGGAGAACGCCGUCUACAGCGACGACGUGGACACCUACAUCACCUUCAGCGGCCACCUCAUCAAGCCCGAGGACGAUUAGUGCCCCUAGCAGGGCGGCCCCGGCCCCGGGGCUGGGUGGGCGGCGGCGGUCCUGCAGGGCCUCGGUGUGCCCCUCCGUAACGUGGGCCCCGGGGACCUGGCAUUCCGGGUGGGCUUCCUCUUCUUUCCUUACCCCCCUCACUCCUCUCUCUCUCUCCUCUCUUAAACGUACUUUAAGAAGUCCUCAAACCUAAAUAUUCUAGAACUUUCCCAGCCUUUGAGACCAGCACCUGUCAAACUUGAAAGUGGGUGUGAACCACCUGGGGACGGGGCUAACGUGCAGAAUCUGAUUCUGGUUCUGGCGUGGGCCCGGGGUUCUGCACAUCUAAGAAGUUCCUGGCUGAUGCUGAUGCUGCUGGUCUGUGGACCCCACUUAAGUAACUAGAUUCUAGAACUUUCACAACAUUCUUAGACUUUCUGAACAUUCUGGACUCCUCCAAACAUUCUAGACUCUUCCCAACAUCCUUCACUUUUCUCAUCCCUCCAGGACUCCCCCACCCGCCGUGUCCUCUCGCUCCUUCCACCUUCUCUGUCACUCUCUCGUGCGCCUAUGCAGCCGCAGUUCACUUAUUCAUUCAUCAAACGCUCGCUGAGCACUCACUCUGUGUUAGGCUCUGGGGAAGCUGAGGAGAAUCAGACGCAGGCCCUGCCUUUGGUGGGCGCCCAGUCCAGCCAGGGUAGGAAGACUCAGGAUCAGGAAACCAGACCCAGAUGAAGGCCCGGGGCUCUCCGCACAGAAGUCUGUGUCUGGGCACUCGGGCACGGUGGCCGCUCCUUACCUGCAGAUCCCCAAGGUGGGCUAGAGUCCCCAAGGUGGGGGUGUUCUUCAUCCUUUCCAUUCUUUUCCUUCCCGCCCAAUGCCCUUCAUUAAAGCAAACCCCAGAAGGGCCUUGGUCAGGGCAAAGGUGCUAUGAGGCGAGGAUCCAGGGGCCUGGGGGUGAAGAGGGCCCUUGGGGAAGGGAGCCCAGACCCACAGCUCCCCACACGCCGGGGACGGUAACCUUCGAGGACUCCUCCCCUCUUCACACAUCCCCUUCCCUGCCCUGUCAGCCCACCCUCCCAAAGGUGCCUGGGCCUCCAUUCUCCCAGGCUCCCAGCCACUGUCAGACACUGUCGUCUGUCCCCAGGUGCUCUCUGACCCUCCUUGGCCCCUCUCGCCAGCCCCAUGUCCCUGGCUUUCCAGGCCUGGUUAAGGUGCUGAUGAGGCCCCAGUGGGAAGCUCCUGCCCAGCCUGAUGCUGCUUUUACACAAGCCACUGGGCCGUGGGCCGGGCUUUGGACCCCUCAGCAGGUCUAGGGGACUGAAGCGGGCCACACUCCAGGUCAGUCGGGGCGGGCCAGCCUCCUCUGAGCCAUGUUGCCAAGACAGGCCCUGGGCGAGACUGAGGCCAAGUAAGGGACAUCCGGCCUUCUGUCCUUUCUCCCUCUCCCAGGGUGGGGCAGCCUGGCGGUCUCCGGCCUUCUCCCCCUAGCCCAGGGGGCCUGAACCUCUCACCAGAGGGAAAUGGCCUCUACCCAUUGGUGCUGAUGCCGACUGCCAGGCCGAGGUGGCCCUGGCGGUGGUCUCUGGUGCUCACUCAUAGCCGACAGAUUCAUGGCUAAGUGGCUGGGGGCUGGCAGCAGGACCUGACCAAGUGCCGUGAAGGCUGGUGCUAUCUAGCCACCCCUCGCCUGACUUCGCCCCUGCCCUGCUUGUCCAGAGUGAUUAAAGUGUGUGUGUCUU